AUUCUUAUCAUUAUCAUUUAUCAUACUCAUUCUAUAGUGAUUAAUUGCUGAUAAUUCAAUAGAAUAAUGAAACCUCUACUUAUGGUGCAUAAUAUCUGUGAUUGGUGUUGUAUAACAAAAUCAUUGCAUACUCGACGUAAAUUAUGCCCAAAAUGUGCUAUGCAAAUUACCGAUAAUACUUCACGAUGUAUUCUUUUACCUAGUCCAUUUAUUUCUACAACAACUGGAUAUUGUUGUAUUUUGCUAAAACCAUCUAUAAAUUCAUUCAACAAAUACAAACUGGGAGAUGAUCUUCAUAUUGGUUUAUCGAAUUCAAAAGGUUUCGUAUUUUCUUAUACAGCUGAUGGCAUAAUAGUUGAAUCAUUUUGGCAUGAUUGCCUUUGUAUAUAUCGAUUCAGUGAUAGCGAAACGUGUGAUAAAAGGAUGAAAAUGUUUGUCAAAAAAUACUACAAUCAAUUUACCCGUCAAUAUUAUGAUAAAAGGAAUUGGAAUUGUUAUGAUUUUGUUGUGGAAUUUUUGCUUUAUAUUGGUGAUAUAUUGGAACGUACAAUAUACAUGAAAGAACAGUUUGUUACAGAACAUGUUUGCAAAGCGUUACAAAGAGUACUUCGUUAUUACAGUCUCUUGAAUAGAUUAUCACAAUGUAAAGCUAAUUAUCUUACAUUAUCAUGA